CUAUCCAUUAUUAUUUAGAUUUUCUAUUCAACCAUCAUUCAUUAAAAAAGAAAAAAAAGCCUACAAAGAAAGUAAUCCACUGUUUCAGAGGUUUCAAAAACCCAUUUCAUUUUUUUUUUUUUUUUUCCAUCUAAAUCAGUUUGCCCUGCCCAUUGAUUUGUUAAAGGUUAAACCUUUACCAAAAAUCUAAGCAAUACAUUAUUUAAGGCCAAGUUUGGUUGGUGGGUGUUCUUGGAUUUGUGGAUUCGAGAUUUUCUGAGAGUUUGAAAAAAAAAAAAAAAACAAUGGCCGCUGCUGCUGCUGGGAUUAUUGGUGGGAAUGGGUCUUCUUGGAUUCAGCUGAACCAGCUGAGGAAGAAGAAGAUUCCCAAUAGGGUUAAGUUUAGCUGUGCUGCUUAUUCUUCUUCAUCUUCUUCUUCUGUGGUCGAUCCCUACAAAACUUUGAGGAUCCAACCUGAUGCAUCUGAAUCUGAAGUCAAGAAGGCCUUCAGACAGCUUGCUUUGCAGUAUCACCCAGACGUAUGCAGGGGAAACAAUUGUGGGGUGCAGUUUCACAGAAUCAAUGAAGCAUACGAUAUUGUGAUGAGCAAUUUGAGAGGAGAAUGUACAACGCAGGACAUGUUUGACUUUGAGCCAUCCUAUCAAGGAGGUGAUGAGCCAAUGAGAGGAAUGGAUGACUCAGAUUGGGACAUGUGGGAGGAGUGGAUGGGUUGGGAAGGAGCAGGAAUUAGAGACUACACAUCUCAUAUUAAUCCUUAUAUUUAAGCAAAAUUGUAAAUAAUAAAAUUCAAUCAACCAAAAUGGGUUGUUGAAAAUGUCCUUUGUAUAUAUAUAUAUAUAUAUAUAUAUGAAUGGAAUGGAGGAUACAAACAUCCUUCUUCCUUUGUACAUACUUAAAAGCUCUGAUCAGUUAAUGCCUUGGCACUGAUAGUGGAAAGUGCACAAGUUAAUUCUGCUGUUAUAUAUCAUGUACUUUCUUUAAUCUUCCUUUCAUAAACCAUUUUCCUUCUUAACAAGGAAAAUUCCCACCGUUAAUUUUAAUAAAUUGUUCGCCGUUUGAUAUGUA